AUUCUCGGUGUAGUAAUGGUAGUAGUAUAUAAAUAGUAGUUUGCUUUGUAUUGAAAAUUUUCUCAUUUAUUUUCAUUAUUAUUACUAUUAUUUAAGUUUCUUUAAAAGGUUUAAGCAUGCCUAGAGAUAGGGAUCCUCUUGUACUUAGUAGGGUCAUAGGAGAUGUUUUGGAUCCUUUUACAAACUCUAUAUCUCUUGAAGUGUUUUAUGAUAAUAUGGAGGUCAACAAUGGUUGUGAGCUCCAACCUUCCCAAAUCGUCAACCAACCUCGAGUCGACAUUGGUGGGGAAGACCUAAGGAACCUCUACACUUUAGUUAUGGUCGAUCCGGAUGCACCUAACCCAAGUAACCCCAAUCAAAGGGAGUACAUCCAUUGGUUGGUGACCGAUAUUCCUGGAAGUACCGGGGCAAGCUUCGGACAAGAGGUGGUGUGCUAUGAAAGCCCACGGCCGACGGCAGGGAUUCAUCGGUAUGUGUUUGUGCUGUUCCGGCAAUUAGGAAGGCAAACAGUGUUUCCACCGGGGUGGCGUCAGAACUUCUGCACCAGAGACUUUGCUGAGAUAUAUAACCUUGGUUCGCCUGUUGCUGCCCUUUAUUAUAACUGCCAGAGAGAGUCUGGCUCUGGGGGCAGGAGGUUCACAUAGAUCCUCAUCAUCAUCAUCUAUCCAUUAUUCAUAAUCAAAAUAUAUAUACAAAUAUAUUAAAAUAAAAUGGGUGAAAUGACUUUUUUUUUUUUUAGUGAUUUUGCACUCUAACUUACUUUUUGAUAGUUUUUUUUUUGCAAAAUGGCUUCUUUUGUCUAAAUUUUUCGACCAGUUAUCUAAAAUUUUCGACCAACAGUUUGAAUUUUUCGAUUAUCUGUCUAAAUUUUCGACUAGCUAUCUAAAUGAUGAGAGACCAUUUUGUAAAAAAUUAUUAAAACUAUGCUAGAAUACAAAAUAACUUUAAAAAAAUAAAUCAUUUUGUCAAGAAGCCCCAAAAAAAAAAUAGUAUUUAUUGGAUCUAAUACAAAUAUAUUACAAAUAUAUUUGAUGACUCAGAAUGAUCGGUUUUUUUAUUAAUGUCAUUUAGUAAGCUAGCUUUAUGUAUUGAAUAAGAUGGAAGAAACGCUAUAUAUAUAAAUAUAUAUAUACAUGUGUGUGUCUGUUUACGUAUAUUGUCAUGGUUGUAUCUUUACUGUAUGUAAGUAAUUCAGCUGGUGCAUAUAUAAACUUGUUAAUUAUAUGUACCUAAUGAGAUACAUUGGAAUAAUAUAUAUUGAACUCU